UUUCAUAUAAGAGGCGCUUACGUGUCAGUGCAUGAUUGGAUAAAGAGUUUUAUUGAGAACAAAAAAAAUUUUGGCCCGAUCGGUGUUCUUUCUCUUGCUCUCUCUUGCGAACCUCUCAAACCUAUAUGACCUGUCUUCGCCCUUUCUCUCCCCGACGAAGACACGAGCACACAAAAGAAAAAAUCAAAUCCUAGCUUAGCACCGUCGCCACCGAAUUCGAAAUUCCGGUAACCCAAUCGCCGGAAAAAUCCACCGCACCUGGCUACCGAUAUUGGUUCUCGUCGGAUCUAGCUGCUUCCUUUCUUCGUCCAGAUCUCGUACUCUAUUCUACCUCUCGAUUCGCUGUGGAAGUUACGAUGGAGGCGAUCGAUGAGUUGUCUCAGCUUUCGGAUUCGAUGAGACAAGCGGCGUCGCUGCUCGCUGACGAAGAUCCCGAUGAGACCUCUUCUUCUAGACGGCCGGCUACUAAUCUCAACGUCGUUGCCCUAGGGAAUGUGGGAGCUGGAAAGUCUGCAGUUCUGAAUAGCUUAAUUGGACAUCCAGUUCUGCCGACGGGUGAGAAUGGUGCUACACGGGCUCCUAUAAUCAUUGACUUGAGUAGGGAAGAAUCACUGAGCAGCAAGGCAAUAAUUUUACAAAUUGACAAUAAAAAUCAACAAGUUUCUGCAAGUGCCCUAAGACAUUCUCUACAAGAUAGGCUUAGCAAAGGCGCCUCAGGAAGGGGUCGUGAUGAAAUAUACCUAAAACUUCGUACCAGCACAGCUCCACCCCUGAAAUUGAUUGAUUUGCCUGGACUGGACCAGCGAAUUGUAGACGAUUCUAUGAUUGGUGAACAUGCGCAGCACAACGAUGCCGUAUUACUGGUUGUUGUGCCUGCUAGCCAGGCAUCCGAAAUUUCGUCAUCUCGAGCCCUGAAGACCGCAAAGGAGUAUGAUCCAGAGAGUACUAGGACAGUAGGAAUUAUCAGCAAAAUUGAUCAGGCAGCAGAGAACCCAAAAUCCCUUGCAGCAGUUCAGGCUCUUCUUUCAAAUCAAGGACCUCCUAAAACAACUGAUAUUCCAUGGGUUGCACUUAUUGGCCAAUCUGUCUCAAUUGCAUCAGCACAGUCUGGAGGCAGUGAGAACUCUUUGGAAACUGCUUGGCGUGCUGAGAGUGAAAGUCUUAAAUCUAUUUUGACUGGUGCUCCACAAAGCAAACUUGGCAGAAUUGCCCUGGUGGAUACNGAAAUCGGAGAUGUGAGCGUGAGGGUCACGGGUCUGAAGGCGGAUCUGGUGUUCGAGGUGAAGAAGAGAAGCAGCGGCGACAAUGCCAGUGGUACCACCACCGUCGAUGCUAAGGAUACGAGUCUUCCUGCAGUGGGAGAGCCAUUUCUGUUCAAGCUUGGUGAAAAUGUCAAGAGUGACCUUGCUGAGAUCCAUCUCCAUUUUACUAGUAAUGUAGAGAUCGAGGAAACAAACGGAACAAAGAAGAAGAAGUAA